UGUCUUCGCACGCGCGUCUCGUGUUGCGGGUGCCCAGCGCGCGAUUUAAAACAAACUCCCAUUUUUUUUUGCUUGUAGGGGAAAAACGAGACGAACGAAGCCGCUUAGUGGUUUUAUUAAACAGGGCGGUCUGUCGAUGUCUGCGGUGAAACAAUGACCAUAGUUCUUCGUUUGCAAGGUCUGCACGUGAAAGCCGGGGCUGAAGACAUCCGGAAGUUCUUCGACGGCCUCCACGUUCCAGAAGGGGGCGUGUGUAUAGUCGGCGGGAGCCUCAGAGAAGCGUUCAUUGCCUUCACCACUGAACGGGAUGGCCAGCUCGCCAUGCGUUUCUCCGGAAGUCUUCUCAAAGGGACUCGGGUUACUCUUCACAUUAGCAGCAUGGCGGAGGUGGAGCACAAAAUAAAGUCGAAGCUAAAGCACAAGAAACUCGCCAAACUGCGCCGUCCUGUCAAGAAGCCUCAGCCUCGGCCGCCCGCAGAUUCACCACCAGCGGAUCCACGGACGGUUGCGGCUGAGGCCGCUGUGCUGUUUGAUCUGAUCCUCCAAGGACUGCAGCAGAGCCAGCACACACAGAACACCGAAGAGGUGCAGAGUCCACAUUGUAUGAAGUCUGACGAAACAUCUUUGGCCCUUGCUGAUGAUUUCCCAUCGCCCGAGGAAGCUGCCAUGGUAAAGCCAGGCUAUGUCAGGUUGUUUGGCCUGCCCACACUGGUCACAAAAGGGGACAUUUGCCACUUCUUCGAGGGGCUGCUAGUUGAGGAAGUAAUCGUGAAUAUCAAGUUGGGGCUAAAGAGUGGCUGCCUGGUGAAGUUUGCCAACUUCCAGGAUGGAUGUGAUGCUCUUCUCUUAAAUGGUCAGCAACUGGGCUCGGCUUGUGUGGAAGUGCGUGGGGCAACUGAGAAAAUGUGGAACAGUGCAGUGCAGGAAUGUGAAGACCUGUCCACUGGGUUUGAUGAAAUGAAUGGGACUGUAUUACCCUCUGUGACACAAAACAUGGAAAAAUCAAGGCCCGCUCAUGAACUAAUGAACCCCAAAGGCAGCCCAGUGAGAAAACACAGAGAAAAAUCUCCACCAGCUGUGCAAGCUGCCAAGGUAAAGCCAGGCUAUGUCAGAUUAUUUGGCCUGCCCACACUGGUCACAAAAGGGGACAUUUGCCUGUUCUUCAAGGGGCUGCUAGUUGAGAACGUAAUCAUGAAUAUCAAGGUGGGGCUAAAGAGUGUCUGUCUGGUGAAGUUUGCCAACUUCCAGGAUGGAUGUGAUGCUCUUCUCUUAAAUGGUCAGCAACUGGGCUCCACUUGUGUGGAAGUCCGUGGGGCAACUGAGAAAAUGUGGAACAGUGCAGUGCAGGAAAGUGAAGACCUUUCCACUGAGUUUGAUGAAAUGAAUGGGACUGUAUUACCCUCUGUGACACAAAACACAGAAAAAUCAAGGCCCACUCAUGAACUGAUGAACGCCAAAGGCAGCCCAUUGAGAAAACACAGAGAAAAAUCUCCACCAGCUGUGCAAGCCAAGUGGAGAUCUAGGAACAGCUGUUUGAAAUUACAAGAAAAGCCUAGAUAUGGUAAUACUUCCACAAGUGGUUUAUCACCAGAUGCAAAGUAUUACGUCAUGGUAACUAAUCUGCCAAAAUAUUUUACAAAAACAGAAAUUAAAGAAGUGGUUGGAUGCCAGAAGAGACCAUGCAAGGUUAUACAUCUGCUUGAUAAGAAAAGCCAAAGAACACAGACAGCGUUUGUCAUUUUUGACCAAAUGGAGGAUUAUGACUAUGCUAUGAAUCUGAAUGGCUGCUUUAUUUCCUCCCAAGCUAUUUGUGUCACAUCAGUCAACAAGGAAAAGAUGAAUGAAAUGUUGGCUGUUUCCCGUACCAACUAUCUCGAAUGUUUGAAUUCAAGGCAAAUUAAAAGGAAGAAACCAAACACAAGAUACUCGAGCAUGGCUGUGGAUUUGGCGGCUAAAACAUGCGUAUUUGUAAGAAAUCUGCCAGCCAAUGUGCAAAAAACUCAAAUUAGAGAUGUUUUCCACAGAUAUAAACUGAGAGAAGAUAAUAUCUUCUUAUUGCAGGACAAUGGCGGCAAUGGGAUUGGCGAGGUUGUGGUUCAGUUUAAAUCGGCAAAACAAGCAGCACGGGCACAAGGACUCCAUGGUCAGAUGUACCAGGGGGCAGAGUUGCUCCUCAGCUGCAUAAGUCUGAAACAGAUGGAAGACAUCUUGAACAGAAACCCAUGGAAAAAAGGAACCAGGGGGCACCCCGGUGGCUCACCUAGUAGAGCACGUACCACAUAACAUAAGGCGGCUGAGUCCGUACCGCUGCGGCCUGGGUUCGAAUCUGGCCCAGGCCCUUUGCUGUAUGUCAUCCCCUCUCUCCCAUGCCUUUCCUGUCUUUCUCUACUUAUCGCUAUCAAAUAAAGGUGGAAAAUGCACAAAAAAAAACUUUAAAAAGGAACUGUACAUUUCAUGGUAGUGCAAACGACAGUUGUUCAAUGUAGAAACCCUCAGCAAAACCU